AUCACAUCGCCAGUAUGAAUCGCGGUUACCUGUUACUUUUGGUCGUCUGUGCCGCUGGAAUUUCCCAUUCGAUGGGCUUUCCACAGGACAAACGCAGAAAAAUGAUUGUUGGUGUUGGUUUGGAUCCGUCACUCUCGAUGGAACCACCAGCGAAAGGAAUGCCUUCCAAAAAUUCCAUCGAUUUGAGCGGCUUUGUGGCUCUGUUUCCAGAGCGAAGAGUCCAGACCAUAGCUGGGCAGUACUACUUCAAUGAUGAGGAGUUUAAAAAAGGCUACUCGUUUCUCAGAAGCAGCAAUUUCACGACCAUUAAGCAGAAGUUGAUUCAGCAGCCGGAAAUCCUUGAGAUCGCCAACUAUUUGAGCGAUCAAGGAUUUGAUGUGGCCAAGGUGGUGCGUACGGUGGCGGAGGUGUUCACAGUUUUCCCUGUGAGCUCUUUUGAAGCGAAAGAAAACCUAACAACUUUCGAAGGCCUGCAUGGAAUGGUGAAGAAGGUUCUGGAGAUCCCGCCCAAAGACCAACUGAUUGCCCAAUUUUCCAACUUCUUGUCAAACUUUGAAAACGAUGGUCCAAAGUUUUCUAAGCAAAUUAACGAUCUAUUGAACUCAUUAGCGUGGCAAACUUUUGCAUGUGACCUGCGCAACAAUAACGUUGAUCUGCCGAAGAUUUUGGAGACCUUAGCACCGUAUUUGUGUACUUGCUUAAGACAUGUGGAAAUGUUAAAUGUGGCACGCAAAUGAGGGGAUUGUAGAAAAUAAAGACCCUGUAUAUUUUCCUUAUAAGGCAAUGCACGCCAGUACAUAUAAGUACAGAUCGCGGCAUCAGUCGCAAAUAAAAUUCCGCAGCAUACA